GGUGUGACAUUUGUUCUACAGUUUCAAAGAUGGCGGCCUUGUCGCAGUUGCUUUUCUCUGCCAAACAAUACUGAGAAAAUUGAGAUAACCAACUAUUUUUACAUUUUUAUAAAGAAAAUUAGGUAGAUCUUAAAAAAUUACGUUAAUAUAACGUGCUAGUCAUUUUGAUAAUGUGAUAUUAAGUGUCCCCAUGGCUUCCAAUGUGCAAGACUCGCCUGUUCAGCAGACAUUUGUGGAGGAGAUAGAUUACAGUGAGAUUCAGGAAUUAUCGGUGGUGGGCAAAGGUGCGUUUGGUGUAGUAUGGAAAGGUCUAUGGCGGAACACACUCGUAGCUGUAAAGCACAUUAACUCUGAGGCCGAAAAGCGAGAGUUUUCAAUAGAAGUGCGUCAGCUAUCACGCGUGUGUCACCAAAACAUUGUGCGGCUAUACGGAGCAUGCACGAAGGGCGCCCACGUCUGUCUAGUCAUGGAAUAUGCAGAAGGAGGAUCGCUAUACAAUGUGCUACACAACCGCCCUAAGCCCAAAUACACUGCUGCUCAUGCCAUGAGCUGGGCUCGACAGUGUGCUGAGGGUGUAGCAUAUCUCCAUGCAAUGAAACCAAAGCCUCUUAUACACAGGGACUUAAAGCCACCUAACUUAUUACUAGUCGGAGGUGGUCAAAGACUGAAAAUCUGUGACUUUGGUACUGCCGCUGAUAAGGCUACUUAUAUGACUAACAAUAAGGGAAGUGCAGCAUGGAUGGCACCCGAGGUAUUUGAAGGUUCAACAUAUACAGAAAAGUGUGAUGUGUUUUCAUGGGGCAUUAUAUUAUGGGAGGUCUUGUCAAGAAGGAAACCAUUUGAGGAAGGUGGUUCAGCUUUUAGGAUAAUGUGGGCUGUCCAUACAGGUCAAAGACCAAAUCUGAUAGAGGGUUGUCCGGAGCCAAUUGAGCACUUGAUGACACAAUGUUGGCACAAAGUUCCUGCAGAACGGCCCAGCAUGGCGAAGGUGGUAGAGAUAAUGGCAGCGCUGUGUGAGUUUUUCCCUGGCGCCGACACGCCCAUAAACUACGACGACUGCGAGGAGGACGACGACGAGUGCUCGGAGGACGAGUACAUGGCGUACGACACGCAGGACAGCCUCGACACCGACACGCACUCCGGCAUGCUCUCACAAGUACACAUCCCGACACAGUUCGACGCCAGCGUCUCCAACCCCGUCCCACUGAGAAACAGCGACCAAGCCGUGACGGCGCCCCGGCCUCGCAGCUUCGUCGAGACUCAAGUGAGUAAGCUACAGAACUUAAUGGCCGCGGAGGCGCAUCCCAAAACGUCUGCGUUGCCCAAGGACGAGCCCGACGUGCAUAACAGAAUAGGCCCCGUGCGCAUCCCGCAGCAGUUUAAAAAGCCCGAAGCGUUCGCGGAGGCGGGCCGCUCGCCCGUCACCAUCCAGCGCACGCCCAGCUCGCCGGGCGGGCGCGCGGCCUGCAGCCCGGCGGGCGCGGCCUGCAGCCCGGCGGGCGCGGCCUGCAGCCCGGCGGCCGCCAGCCCGGCCGGCGCCGGCUGCAGCCCCGCCGUGUUCAGCGCGGCGUCGUCCCCGCGGCGCCUGUCGCCCAUCGCCAACUACAACGUGGGCAACAUGAACCCGCGCCACAUCGACCUGGACCCCUACUGGCCCCGCGACGCGCGCAGCCCGGACCUCGCCAGCUCGCACUCCAACUCGCUCCGGAAGGAGGACUACAACCAGAACUACUGCGACCGACUCAGCGCCGCCAACAGUCCCAUGACGCCCGUCAACGAAUUUAAUGGAAAUAUGUCACAGAGACCGAUUGAUCCGAGAUAUCAAACGCCAUUACAGAUAGAAGUUGACCCAAAUUCAUGGGAGUUGAUCGACGUGCCAAUCAGUUAUGAUGAUUAUGUGGAAGUGAGAAAUACUGGUGGCUUUGAUAAGUUUUACACAGUGGGUAAGUAUUGCAUGUUGAUUGCAGUGGCCUUUAUUGGCAUUAUCUAUUAUGUUUAACUG